UGGGAGAGGCUAAAACUAGUUAGAUUUAUGUGGAAGGGAGAUUCAUUUGGGAAGGGAUCCUGGCUGCCCUGGGAGCUGCUGCAUGUCAGGCUCACUCUCAGGGCUCUGGUGACUUGUAGAUAACAGGAUUGUUCUGGUGGUUCUCUUCUAUAACAGUCAAAAUGGUGAUCAAAGUCUUUGUAGCCACAUCCUCUGGGUCUACAGCGAUUAAGAAGAAACAGCAAGAAGUAGUGGGCUUCUUAGAGGCCAACAAGAUUGACUUUAAGCAAAUGGACAUAGCUGGUGAUGAGGACAACAGGAAAUGGAUGAGAGAGAACGUACCAGGUGAAAAGAAACCACAAAAUGGAAUCCCCCUCCCUCCACAGAUCUUCAAUGAGGAGCAGUACUGUGGGGACUUCGAAUCCUUCUUCUCUGCCAAGGAAGAAAACAUUAUUUAUUCAUUCCUGGGUCUGGCACCUCCUCCAGGUACAAAGGAGGUGAAAACUGCUGAAGAGACAUCAAACCUUCCAAACGGUGAAGUUUCGGGUGAAGAGCACAAAGUUGUGGAAGAGACUGAAAAGUCUGAAGUAACUGAAGAAAAUGAGGCACAUACAGAAGACAACGUAGAUGCAGUCGCUAAUUCUAUUGAACUGCCAUCAGAAGAGCAACAGGAAGAAGAAGAAGAAGAAGAACAGGAGGAAGAGGAAGAAUCUUAG